GAGACCAUGGAGUCCCCUUCUCUACUUCUCUGCAAAGGGCUCCUGCUCACAGCCUCCCUCUUGACCUGCUGGAAUGCACCUACUACUGCCCAGCUCACUAUUGAAUUAGUGCCUCCCAUGGUGGCUGAAGGCGGAAACUCCGUUCUGUUUGUGCACAAAAUGCCGCUGAACGUCCAGGCAUUUUACUGGUACAAACAGAAAGAUCCGACGAAGAGCUAUGAAGUUGCCCGGUACUUAACACCCGAUAACACAACUUCGAAGAUGCCUCAACACAGCGGCAGGAAAACGGUGUUCUACAGUGGAUCCCUGCUGAUCAGAAACGUCACCCAGGCUGACAGCGGAUUCUACACCUUACUAACAUUUAACACAGAAAUGGAAAGCGAACUAACACACGUGUAUCUGGAAGUCCACAAGCCUGUGACACAGCCCAUCCUCCAAGCAGACAACACCACAGUAACAGAAGAUGGUUCUCUGGCCCUCACCUGCCUCUCAGAAGACCCUGGACUCUCCAUCCGCUGGCUCUUCAAUCACCAGAGCCUGUAUUUCAAUGGCAGGAUGACGCUGUCCCAGAAAAACAGUCGACUCAUUAUAGAUCCGGUCAGGAGGGAGGAUGUUGGAGAGUAUCAGUGUGAGGUCUCCAAUGGGUACAGUUCUAAGACGAGUCUCCCAAUCCAAAUGUCUGUGACCAGUGAGUGAC